CUGCAUCUGGAAAUUCAAUUGCUCGCAUGUAUGGAAUUAGUAAAUGUCAUCAUAUAACACACCUCAACUUAUCAAAUAAUAAUAUUAUAUGCAUAGAAGGUUUAAAAGAAAUUCCAAAUUUGACAUUUUUGAAUCUUUCAGUAAAUAAUGUAAAGAGUAUUCAAAAUUUGCAGUUUUCUCAUGCUUUGCUUCAUCUUGACCUGUCAAGAAAUAAUAUUAAUUGUUUAAGUGACAUUUCAGCCUUAGUGAAGCUUAAGACUCUUCAUUUGAAUGGAAACAAAAUAUCCACAUUAAAUCGUGCCUCAUCCUAUCUUCCACCUUGCAUUUGUACUUUGUCCUUAGCUGAUAACUGCAUAGCUGAUUUAAAUGAAAUAUCGUAUUUAGUGAAACUGCAUUGCUUAGAGCAGCUGACUAUUUCAGGGAAUCCAUGUUUAUCUUCUGAAGAAUUAUCUUUACCUGCAUUUGAUUAUCGGCCUUUUAUUAUAAAUUGGUGCUUGGGGCUGCGACUUUUAGAUGGACAUGUUGCCACACAGAAAGAAAGUCUAAAAGCUGAAUGGCUUUAUAGUCAAGGUAAAGGAAGACAUUUUAAACCUGGAGAACAUAUAGAGCUUGUUGAAUAUUUGUGUCAGGUUUGUCCUGUUCCAGCUGAUCAGUCUGCUGAAGAAGAAGAUGAAAAGUUGUCACGUAUUUUACACAUGCAGCGUCAACAUAAAGAGCAGUUUCUAAAUGAAUUGUCUCAGGUUCAUCAUGGUGAUUCUUUAGAAGUAAGUGGAGGUGAAACAAUGACCAGCAUGGCACAAUCAUACCACUUUAAAACUGAUACCAUUACUAAGAGUCAAGAAGCAGAAAUGCCACUGGCUUCAAAUGUUGUACCUUCCAAGAUUAUGUAUGAAUCAGCGCCUGAAGUUUUAUUCCAUUGUAGUUCAUCUUCUGAAGCAGCUCAAAGUGCUCCGUCCUUUCAGUCUGGAAAGUAUCCUCGAUCUGUUUCAAAAUCAGAGAUCCUUCACAGUUCUAUCAAAAGCCCUAUUACUAUUGAACAGGUUUCUGUUGAACUUGAUACAACUAAAAUGAAAAGUCAUGAAACAGCUAAAUCUCCAUACCAACAUUAUGAAGAUCGCCGAGUCCGUCCUUCCAGUUCCAGUGAGAUGAAACCAGCUCAUACACCUAAAGGUACUCUUAUCCGAAAAGUUAGUAAACGAGCAACCUCGCCUUGUACAUCUGCUCCUCCAAGUGGAAGAUCUAAACUUCCUCAUUCUACAUCCUCUAAAAGUAGAAUAUCUCCCUCAAGAAGUUGUAUUCUUACUGCCAGAUUGUCUGCCGCUGCAAAAAACAGUAGUGAAAGUGAUACGUCUGAAGAGUUAACACACACGAGUCGAACACCUCAACGGUCAUUGCGAUCACUUAGUAAUGAUUCCCAGUCUGGGAACAAUUCUCCGAUAUUGCAGCAAAAAUAUUCUGUUCCUUUGAGUCCUACCAAAAGAGCUUUUGGAUUGAGCCCUCGGAAACACGAGGAUCAGAUGUCGGAAGAUUCUAAAAUUGCACAUGGUUUUCCUCCACCAAUUAUAAAAUCCAAAACGAUGACAGAAAUAUAUGGAAAGAGUGAAGAGGACAUAGCAAAAGCUGCUACCAAGAUCCAGUCUGUGUGGAGGGGUUAUUUUGUAAGAAAUCACAAUCAGCAUGUAUUCAAACUUUUACAGGAAAUUCGUUUUAGAAGACUUGAGAAUCAUAUUCAACAUCUACAUGGUCAUUUGUGUCGAUUAACAGACUUUGUUUUGAGACAACAGCAGGACUUGCAGCAUGAAAGGGAAUUAAGAAAAAUACAAGCUGAAGAUAUUAGACAUUUGCAUGAAAAGGCCAGAGAUCUGCAGAGAAGUGUUUCUGUUGCUUUAUCAAAAGCUAAAACCAGUGUUUUCCAGAAUUUAUCUGAGCAUGAGAUGUCAGGAAAAGAUUCAUCAAGGGAUAAUGCAUCACUGUCAGAAUCAAAAUUGGAAAAACUUUUACCUGGUCAAAGCCCUGAAGCCCUAAAUUUAGCUCUGAGAUAUUCUACUCAAGCUUAUCAAGAAAAUUCUGGUUUGUAUUCUCCAUCUUCCCAAACAUCAUCUGUUACAUCAUCUGUUCCUGACACCACAUUUAACAGGCCAAAAUCCCGCAGAGAUUUGCAGCCUUCAGCUUCUGAUGUAUCUGACGCUGAUUCAGGUUUACAAAGUAUGAUAAGCCCUAAUAUUGCAACCUUGGAAGCUGAGAAAAAUGCUUUAACUACUGAAACUGACCACACUUUGCUUAAUGGAUAUGGGAAUGAUGCAAAUUCUUUUUCUUGUUUCAAAGGGGAUUCUGGAGAGUGUGCCAGCUUUAAAAUAGUUAACAAAUAUGGCAAUUUACAGUCUGAAAGGGAUUCUCAUUUUGAUGAUACUGUGGCUUUGCAUGCGAAGUUAAAUGUGCAUCAGACAAAAAACAUAGCUUCUGUUAGGCAUUACACACCUAUGGCAGCAAUUUUCAAUUCAUCAGAAGAUAAUUAUUGUUUAUUACCUAAUCACCAUCAAAAUAUUGGUCAUGUCCAUGUAGGUAAAAGUGCUAUGCAUCCUUAUAAAACGAAUUACUUUGAAUAUUCAAAUAGUUCGGUAGAAAAUUCUCCUUGUUCGGCAUUUGCACCUCUACCCUCUGAGGAUGGUGUAAGUCCACUCUUAAGAACUAAUAGUGAGCCGUAUGUUUAUUCUAGACAACAUAUUCAGUCUAAUGUCAUGACUAGUCAACAUGCAAAAUUGGAAGACAAAAAGAGAAAGAAUAUUGAUACAAGUAAUGCAAGCUCUACCGAUUCAUUGUUAGAGAAAGAUCAUCCAUGUAUUGAACCUAUUCAAGAUUGUUGUUCGAAAGCAUGCAUUUCACAUCAGAUUAGGGACAAGACUCAUAUGCAUCAAGCACGGUGUUCUAAAUCCUGCUCUCCAAAUUUUUGCAGGCAUUUUGGAAAAGAUCGGUCAUCUGAAAUUAAUGAAUCUAAUUGCUGUUUUAAAAAUUGUUCGGUAAUACCUAAAGGAUUAAAUCAGAUUACCCAGAGUAAAGUUACAUCUCCCCUGGAUGAGAAAGAUUCUCCUCAAUCACCAUGCACUGUUGAAAUGAGUGGAAGGAUUUCUCAUUCUUGUUCAUUCCAGUCUGAUGGCUUUACUACUGCUGAAGAGUUGUCAGCAACUGCUACUGUGAAACUGUUUUCAACUAGAGCUGUUAGUAUGACUUGUACUAAUGGAGCAAUAAGCCCACAGACUAGCUCCCAAAGACCAUUAUCCUUGAAUGAUGCUUCACCUCAAACAAAUCUUAGGUCUCCUUUGGUGUUAGCUGCCAGUGUAUGGGAAAAGAAGGUUCAAGACAUAGAAUCUACAUUCCAUCAACUACAGACUCAGAUACGAGAUUUAGAAGGUGCAUUUGGACAGAUUGGACAAUUUGGACAAUUUUUCUAUCCUGGCAUACUGCAAGAAGAUUCAAAGGAACCUAGACCUGCUCUUCAUUGUGCUGAGCCACCAUCAGGAGCCCUUGUUCUAGACAUGCCAAAAAUCAAUUUCAAACGUACGGAUAGUAGUAAUAAUGAUCUCCUGUUCCAGACACGUUUUUCUGGUAGUGUACCUUUUCUUUCUCACUCUUCUCUGUCUCACAAUCAACAAGUUUCUGGUCAGCAUCUUAAUGAUUGUCGUGUUGAAGAAUUGGAUCAGGACAUUCAACCCGUAACAGAAGAAAUUAAGGAUGCUCCAAAACCAUCUGUGAAUAAUGAAAGCAGUAAAAUGAGCAGCUAGGUAGUGUCUCUUGAAUCUCAUAUUUUCAUAUAUUUAUAUAUUUUGAAACAUUGCUGUGAUCAGCCAUAAAAAAUUAGCUAUUUACUAUUAAAAUCAAAAGGACUUUAGUUUGUACAUAAACUGUUAAUGCUUCAUAGAAUUGAUGCAAUAGCUUUAAACAAUUAGUGUAAAAUUAUUGCAAGUUUUGAGGGUAAAUUGAUGUUUUAAAAUAAUAGUUUGGUUUUCUAAGAAAUAUGAUUUUUUAGUUAAAUGUAGGUUUUGUUUCAGUUAGAAUCAAAUGUUAUUUAAAAUCUGAUAUGAUACAAAAAUAUAUUCAGUAAUUUCAUAAUUAAAUGUUUUGAUUGAAGUUAUUGAAAUUUUGAGAUGAAUCUAGUCAAAUGUUUUCAUCAUUCCUUGUUUUUGUUUUAUAUUUAAGGCUUUAUUUUACAAAGUUUUUAAUGUUUUUUAUUUACAAAAUAUAUACAUGAAAAUGUUAUACCAAAGAAAGAUUUGUACAGUGUAAUAUACUCACUGUUGUAUACUUAUCGAUUUUAUAUUCAUUGUAAAAGUAUAUAAUUUUUUGGGCAUUUUUUAAGAGAGCAAGCAUUCAUUUGAAUUCAUGAUUUAUUUCAUACAACAAAAAUUAUAGCCAAACAUAUUAUUGGCAUGACCUAUUUGCCACUUUGAGAAAACUGCCUGAAUAACAUACAGUUUUAAGUAUCUUGUAAGAAAAAAAUAUCUGUAACUGAAAGAUGAAUAAAUAAAUAGUACUGCAUCAU